AUGACAACAAUGAUACAUGCUAGUGAUAAUUUCUUUCUUUUUUCUAAACAUAUCUAUAUAUAUUAUUUAGAUAUUCAUUUUGGAUUCGUUAAUAGCAGUUCCAUUGCUAAUAAAACUUUUCCCCUUGGUUCAACUAUAAUUUACAAUGAUGACGAUCAAAUUUUGACUACUGGAUACAUUAGUUCUAUUACUUUCCAGCUGCCAGCAUCCUUCAAUAUCAAUGGGAUAUAUGGCAAUACACUUAAUUUCUAUCUUCUCUUCAAUAACUCAAUCAUCACUACUUAUUAUAUUGCCCCCGAUACAACGGCUCUCGUACAAUCAAUUGAUAUUCCUUCAUGGAUAUUGACUGUUUAUCCAGGUGUAUAUUUAGGCAUCGGUGUGCUUUCAGUUUUAAUUAAUGAAAAUACUUGGAUUUAUGAUAAUACUAUAUGCUCCACUCAAAAAGGCAACGCUUAUUGGGUGCAAAGUUACUAUGGAUGGGUAGGUGCUUUGCAGCCAGAAUGGAUCGAACAAGAAACGGGUGUUGCACUUGCAUUUGACGUCGUUUACAACCCUGUAUGGAAUGGAACGACACCAUCAACACCAAUUCCUCCUCCAAUAACAGAUCCACCAGACGUAUGUAAGUUAUGUAGCAGGAUAAAAUCCAGCAAUCAGACAAAAGUUGAAUUUUUUAUUGUGCGGCUAAAAAAAGACAAAUGGUGUUUUUUCGAGGAAUCUUCCUUCGAUACUGAACUGAAAUAUGAGGCUUUAUAACAUAUAAAAUUUCUUGUAGCGUUAUUUCAGAUAUAUGAGUUUAAUAUUAAUGAAUAAAGUAAGGAAUAACUUGGAUCGAAGAGAAAAGCAAAAUAAUAUUUUUUAAUGAGUGAUCAACAUUUUGUCUGGUAUUUAUUGAUUAGAUUCCACAUAUG